AUGGAUGAAACCGAAAGUUUGAUGGAAGAAAUCGAGAGACUGCGGAAUGAGUUAGAUCGAGCCGUGAAAGAUCGGGAAAAGGCUGCCGAAUAUGGACUGGCCGUCCUGGAAGAAAAACAGAAUUUUCAAACUCGCUGUGAACAGGCUGAAAACCUCUACGAAACCACACAACUUGAUCUAAAGCUAACUAAAGACACAUUAGCUCAGUUGCAAGGAAAUUUACGAAAGGCCAACGAGUUGGGUCUCACUCAUGAAGAAGGUCUACUGCAAGAUGAAGAAGUUUUGAGGAGUUCAGUCAAUCGAUUGAACACUGAUUUAAGAAAUGCUCAACACACUAACCAGGAAUUGACUAUAGAAAACGAGAAAGCCUGCACCAAAAUCAACAACUUAGUAAGUAGACUUGAAGAAUUUGAAGCUUUGAAAGUUUCACUUAGAAAUGAAUUGAGAGAAUUAAAAAUGAGGGAGUCACAAUUAUCUACAGACUUUGCUGAACUGGAAGAAGAAAAUGUGCUGCUGCAGAAGCAACUGAUGCAAAUGAAGCAGAGUCAAGUGGAUUUUGAAUCAAUAAAGUAUGAAAACAAGCAACUUACAGAAACUGUUGAAGAACUGAAUCAAGAAGUUGAAGCGCUAGACAAGCUAAAGGAGAUUGUAGAAAAAAAUUUAGUUGAAGCUUUGGAACUUUUGCAGAGGGAAAGAGAAGAAAAAUGUCAUUUGAAGAAGGAAUUGGAUCAAAGAAUAUCAUCCGAAUCAGUCCAUGCAUUGCAGGCAUUAGCAUCUACUCUCGGAUUAAAUGAAUUUUCUCAAAGUCAAAUCUGUAUCAAUUCAAAUUAUGGUGAACUCUAUCAAGAAGAGCAUGACAAUCCCACUCUAAAAAAAUUGGAAGCUGAUUUUGUUUCAAAUCAAGCUGCAGAGAUCAUAAACACGGAAGUUGCAGAUGGUGAUUCCAGUUUUGUUGGAGACCUUUUUUCCGAAAUUCAUGUUAAUGAAGUCAAAAAACUUGAAAAUUUGGUAGAAAAACUCGAGGCAGAGAAGAAUUUACUUGAGAAAUCACUGCAAGAAGCAAAUGAAAACAUUGAAGUUUCCAAGCAACAAGUCAAACAGACCACUGACAAAGUUGUUGAAUUGGAAAAUUCUAUAAAUGCAGUAAACAAUUCCUACACAGCAUUUGCAACUGACUCAGAAGAACUUAAAAACUUGAUUCAAAAUUAUUCAAGUUAUGAAAGUGCAAUUAAUCAAAUCUUAAAAUUCCGCCAAGAAAUUGCUCAGCUGUCAACCUCACCAAAAUCAUCAAAUUUCCAGGUCAACCCUGAAAUUGAUGUUCAAAUUAGGCGGUUGGAAACAGAAGUUGAAGACAAGACAGACAUGGUGAAUGAAUUAACGAAUGCGCUGAACGAUACAUGCAACAUACUGAAGAAUCUUUCAAAGGAUCUCUCUGAAGUGUAUCGCAUGAUGUGUGCAGUCAGGUCUGAAGUACCGAACAAAAAUGUUCUUCAGUUUGAUCGCGUUAACAAGUCGGCUCUAUUGGCCUUGGAUGCAACUGCAGCACAGACUUCUACCAUUCCAGACCCACCCUACAUAGCAUGCAGAAAAUUAUGUGAUUUCGUCAUGUCGCAGAUCAGUACAAUGACUCAAAUCAUGGGUCAAAUUGUGGAAUCAGAGAAGAUCAAACAAUCAGAUGAACCUCAGACAGAAAGCAUUGUUGAACUGAAAGAGCAAAACUCAAAAUUAAAAAUCAUGUUGGCUACGAAAAGAGAUCAAAUAGCAACGUUGAGGAGUGUGUUGAAAUCCAACAAAAACACAGCUGAAACAGCUCUGGCCAGUUUGAAACAACGGUUCGAUAGCGAGCGACAGCAAAUAGUCAACGAAGUUCAACGCCUGAGGUCCGAAGUUCAGAGUUUGAAAGAAGACAAAGCAACAUUCGCGUCGUUGAGAGCAUCGUUUGCCCAAAGGUGUGACGAGUACUUGACCCAACUCGAUGAGCAGCAACUGACCAUCAUCAAUGCGCAAGAGGAAAAGAAGACUUUGAACUCUCUUCUGCGGAUGGCAAUGCAACAGAAGAUGGAGAUCAGUAGCAGGUAUGAUGAACUUGUUAACGAUCGUGAGGCCAGGAAGCAACGAACUUUUGUUCGAGGAGCUGGUGCAAGUUUUCAAAGAGGCGUUCCCAGGCCCAGCUACCAACCUUUCCACCCCACUCCACAUCUUCAACAAGUAGAUGACAGAUUCUUGGCACAAAAUUCUCAGAGAUUUCCAUCAAGAAGGGAUUUCUAA